AUGGGGAAAAUCUGCACUCCCAAAACUUUUGACAAACCCCAAGAAUUUUAUAAAGGUCACACCAAUGAUAUAAUUUACAUCAAGUUCAUUGGAGAAUUCCAACAGGAAACACUGGAACUUAGGAAAGGAGCGUCAAUCCAGAGAAUCCAUUUGCAGAGGAAAGAUAUGUGGCACAUUGGACAAUGCCUUCCUUUGACCGUGUAUAUUAUAACUUUUGUAUCUGGGUUCCCCCUAAAUAUCUUGGCCUUUGUUACAUUCAUUAGAAAAUUCAGACAGAAGCUCAUCUCAGUUGACAUCCUGUUGUUCAACUUGACCAUAUCUGACCUGGUUCUCCUGGCUUUUCUCCCAUUCCUCAUGGCGGAAGCAGCUUCUGGGAUGAAAUGGCUCAUGCCAUAUUACUUCUGCCCCUUAACCCAUUGUGUUUAUUACACCAGCAUCUACGUUAAAUCCUAUUUGCUGGCAGCAAUAAGUGUAGAGAGAUAUAGCAAUAAGUGUAGAGUGGCUGUUGGUUACCCUUUCAAGUACAAGCUUUUCAUGAAACCAUUAUAUUUAAUAGUUGGAAGUAUCUGGAUCUGGAUCCUUGGCACCGCACACUGUAGUAUCAUUUAUAUAGUCGAUCAUCUGGCUCCUGAAGAAGCAAAUAAAACCAAUGUCUCCAUUUGCUAUAACCAGUUCUCCCCAGUCCAACUUCAGUUUCUUCUACCUAUCCAAUUAGAGGUGUUCUUUCUCCUCUUCUGUAUCCCAUUUCUGGUGACUGCCUUCUGUAGUAUCAACUUUGUCCAGAUUAUGGUAACACAACCCCUCAUCAGUAGGAAGAGAAAACUCAGAGCGAUUGGGUUAUUAACUGUAACAAUGAUAAACUUUAUACUUUGUUUUAUGCCUUACAAUGUGUCACACGUGGUGGGAUGUAUUCAAGGUGGCAACCCUCCAUGGAGAAUGCAUGCUCUUCUCUUUAGCACAUUUAAUGCCUUUUUAGACCCAAUCAUGUUUUACUUCUGUUCUGUCUCAUACCAAAAGAUGCAUUUGGAAGGUUUGCUUUACAUCAUGAACAGGACAAGCUUUGUUGCCCAUAGGGUCAAUAACUGGCUUCAACUCUGCAAGAAGGAUCAUGAAGAACCUGAUGGCUUGGUGUUUAGACUGCGACACAGAAAAGGUUUAGGAUAUGACAGUUAA